ACAAUUAUAACAACAAUGCGUGCCUUCGUUGUCUUGUGCUUGGUGGCCGUUGCCUGUGCCGAUAAAUUGGGAUACAAUUAUCAACCAGUUGGUCACUCUUCCUCAGGAUUAUCGUUUACUCCUGGUGCUGCUGGCUCAAAUGUAGCUCCCAGCUAUGAUGGUGGUGUUGGCCCUUUCGAAGGCGCAGGUUCUAGUGCAGCACCAUCUUUCGCCCCUCAAGCAGAAUUAGAAAAGGAAUUCUAUACAUUUUCGGCCGAUGAUGCUGAUUUCAAUGAACCCGCCAGCUCCGAGCAAUUGGCCAAUGCUGUGAAACAAGGUCUGCGUGUAGUUUUCAUCAAGGGCCCCGAAAGCAAUGGUUUGGAAGAAGCUGCCUUGGCUUUGGCCAAACAAGCUGCCCAACAAGAAACCGCCAUCUAUGUUCUCAACAAACAAGCUGACCUCGCCGAUUUGGCCAACAAACUUAACAACCUCAACACUGGCAACAACAACAAACCCGAAGUUCACUUUGUCAAAUACCGCACACCGGAAGAUGCCGCCAAUGCCCAACGUGCUAUUCAAGGUCAAUACGACUCGUUGGGAGGUCCUUCCCAUAACUUUAAUGGUGGUGUUGCUCCUGUCCUUAACUUUGCUUCCCAAGCUCCCGUGGCUGCUGCUCCCGCUGCUUCUGCUCCUGGUGCUAGCUACUUGCCUGCAUCCGUCUUCCGUCACUAA